AAUGGAUGUGUGCCUUGUGGCUCGGCGUCGAACAAACGGCAUCGAGGGCGUCGAGUAUAAAGUCCAUCUUCGGUGCACGGUGGCCAUCCAUUCUCCUCCGCUCGACAGCUGGAACUUCCGUCUCUCUCUCUCUUACGCCGGGCGUACCUCUGUUCUCAUUGCCUUGUCCGACCGAGCUUGACGCUUGACGACGCAGCGCGCCCCGCCGUUCAUUCCUUACACGAGAGAUCUCCCUGGACCGCUUCCCCACACUCUUUAGCAUACCCGUUUAACGUCAUGAAGUUCUCCACCGCCGUCCUCGCCGCCGCUGCCAUCGCCGCCUCCGUCAACUCGCGCCCACUCCUCCGCCGCGACGUCAACUCUGCGCUCAUUCCCGAGUUCGGCGUUUCUGCGGGUGUCAGCCCCGACGGCACUGGCAACUGCAAGGGUGUCAACAACAUCAACAUCCCCUGCUCGUGCCCGCCCGACCGCAAUUCGUUCAUCGCCCAGCUGAAUGCGAACGUGAACGCCGGCUUCGCCAUCAACAACCCCUCCGUCCACCUCUCCUUCCCCGAGGACGGCUCCAAGGCGUCCCAGCUCGCCCGCUUCAACGCCGCGACCGUCACCCUCCAGAACCUCCACGGGCCUGGCGUUGGGUGCCCUCAGGCGGCGACGACAUGGGGCGCGCAGGUGGCCGCCAUCCAGGCUGAGCCCGACACCCCGGCUCCCCCUCCGCCCCCCGCACCUGCCCCUCCUGCUCCCGCUCCCGCUCCUGCGCCUGCUCCGGCCGCGGGUGGCGUCGACCCGGCGCUCGUCCCCGACUUUGGUGUCGUCCCGGGUACGGCUCCCGAUGGCACUGGCAACUGCAAGGGUCUCAACAACAUCAACAUCCCUUGCUCGUGCCCGCCGUCGCGCUCUGACUUCCUUGCUUCGCUGAACGCGAACGUCGCCGCCGGCCACAUGAUCAACAACCCGCCGAUCGCGGCGCCGUUCCCGACGAGCAACUCGAAGGCGGACCAGCAGGCGCGCAUUUCGACCCUGCUCUCGACGCUCCAGAACCUGCACGGUCCUGGUGUCGGCUGCCCCGCUGUCUCGACCGUGUACGGACAGUUGCAGCAGCAGAUCAACGCGCUCCCCAACUAAAGUUAGCGUUAAGCUGGUUGGGUUUGAGCAGACGUUGUGUUGUGAGCAGGGCGAUGGGAGAGAGAUACCCCGAUGAGGAUACCUACGGUAGUUUAUUAAGGCUCUUUGUACGACGACGUCUGCUAGGUAGUCACGGUCCAAAUGACGGGUGCCAGUCACCUUGUUCCAGCC